AUGCGCUUCUCAAUUGCUGUCGCAGCGGUCCUGGGUAGCCUUCAGGCUGCUUCUGCACUAAAGCUCUCGCCGAGAAAUGCCGUUGAGAGGGAAGAGCAGGUGCACGCUGCACAGACGCGACGCAGCCUCGCCAAACGCGAAGACACUGACCCUACGCUGCUGUACCCUGAGUACAACAUCUCAGUGCCCGUCGACUUUUACCACAAUGAGACACGUUACGAGCCUCACAGCAAUGACUCCUUCAACUUGAGGUACUGGUUUGACGACACAUAUUACAAGCCUGGCGGACCGGUCUUUGUUCUUCUUGGUGGAGAGACUGACGGAGAGGGUCGCCUCACGUUCCUCCAAAAGGGAAUUGUUCACCAGGUCAUCAAGGCUACCAAUGGUCUUGGUGUCAUUCUUGAGCAUCGUUACUAUGGAAAAUCCUUCCCAGUGCCCGAUUUGACGACUAAGAACAUGCGGUUCUUGUCGACUGAGCAGGCGCUUGCUGAUGUUGACUACUUUGCGCGAAACGUGCAAUUCGAGGGCAUUGAUGCGGAUUUAACUGCUCCCAGUACCCCAUGGGUUGUUUACGGUGGUUCAUACGCUGGAGCGCAGGCUGCAUUCUUGCGAGUUGUGUACCCGGAGACUUUCUGGGGCGCUAUCUCCUCUUCCGGUGUGACUGUCGCAAUUUACGACUACUGGCAGUACUUCGAGCCCGCCAGGCUGUACGGGCCCCCCGAUUGCAUGAAGAACACGCAGCUUCUAAUCGAUGUGGUUGAUGGUAUUCUUAUCCGCCAGAACGACACCUCCAAGGUUCAGGCACUCAAAGAUGUCUUUGGUAUGGGCGAUGUUACAGACAACCGUGACUUCGCUGGCCAGAUUACUGGUGUAUACGGUCUUCAGAGCACCAACUGGGACCCUGAGGAGAACUCGCCUUCCUGGUUCAACUACUGCCAAAACAUCACAGCAGAUGAGCCCACAGGCGAGAACCUUCGCCCGGCUGUUGCUGAACUCGUCUCAGCAGCUGGCUACACCAACGAUACCGUCGUGCAGAACAUCACACUCAACGCUAUUGCUUGGCUCAACAGCACUGCGCUCGCUGGAUGGCGCCGCUCGAACAGGACUCAGGAUUCAUACUUCACCACACUCAAUGCCACUGCUCUCCAACAGUACACUUCCCUUGAAGAUUACGGCGCAACGAGCUGGAGCUACCAGGUCUGCACCGAGUGGGGAUACAUCCAAACCGGAAACACACCGGCUGACAUCAUGCCCCUCAUCUCCCGUACUCUCGAUGUCGAGUACCUGACCUUCUUCUGCCGCGCACAGUUCGGCAUCGAGCACCCUCCGGAGAUUGAGCGCGUCAACAAGUACGGCAACUACAGCAUUGACUAUGAGCGUCUUGCCCAUAUCGGAGGUAACGCUGAUCCAUGGAGGCCUGCUACCCCGCUAUGGUACCCAGAGAGCAGGAACGACACUGUGGAUCGCCCGUGGCAUCUGAUCAGCCAUGGUGUGCACCACUGGGAGGAGAACGGUAUCUUUGAGAACCAGACAACCCCCGAUCUGCCACCACCGCAGGUCGUGUAUGCCCAGCAGUACUUGAAGAACUUUGUUGUUGACUGGCUAGAGGAAUUUGAGGCCCAGAAGCAACAUUCUGAGUUGCGCUAA